CCAGCCAUGUCCGGCCGCCCGCGCCGCCCGGGAGCAGCGGAGCCGGGCGGGCUGCGCAGUUCUGUGCAACAUCCACACUGCUGGCAUCAAGAGCAGGAACAUAGAAGCUGCAAUGAUUCAGAUUCUCUGGUGUUGGAGGAAUAUCAAUGUGGCCAUUCAGACCUCUGGCUGGAGAGCUCUACCACAUCAGAACCUUCUAGGCCACAUUCCAGUUGCCCCAGCUGGGAAGGUAGACCUGAAGAAGGCAAAACAAUGAGGCCAUCAAAUAAAAAAAUUACCAACAACUCUGCCAAUCCAGCAGAAAGGGAAACUGAUGAGGUGGUCCUGAGGAGAAGACAAAAGCAGAUCAAUUUUGGCAAGAAUACCCUGGCAUAUGACAGAUACAUUAAAGAAGUUCCAAAGAGCCAGCGACUUCCAGGGGUUCACCCUACAACUCCCAACAAAUUCAAGAAGUACAGCCGCAGGUCCUGGGACCGGCAGAUCAAGCUGUGGAAGAUAGCACUGCAUGCCUGGGAUCCUCCUGCUGAGGAGACCUGGGAUCUGCAGCCCAUCAAUACAGAACCUGCAGGUAGUUCCCAGGAAUGGUUCUGCAAAGAUGAGGAUGUUCCAGGCUCUUUUCUGUUUGAGGAAAAGCAGGCGAGUGAUGAAUGUGAAGACGAAUGCACACAGACUUCCCACACACCUGAGAGUUCCUGUUCUCCCAAUUCUUCUCCAGUAUGGAAACGCAGAAGAAGAAACAAUUCUGACUCCUCUGUGGUUUCAGAGAGCAAAAACCAUUAUCUGCAGAUGUACCACACUCUGGAAAGGUAUGAAAUGAUUCUCCAUGUGGGAAGUCAUUGAUACCACGAACUGACUUUUGGAACAUGGCUGGUAUUUCCCCCUCCCGUUGUUAAUAGCUUUAAUUGUGUCUAAAUGUGUGCAGUGUAAUGAGGAAGGGAGAUCAUGUCAGAAUAAUUGUGCUGUGUGAUAGCAGACAUUUACAUGCUCCGUUGCAAAGUGUCAGUAGACACAGCACAGGUUGUGUUUUGUGUGUAGAUUUAGGCAACACUAAGGAUUUGGGCAGUUUAGUGGACAUUUCACACUAACCUUAGUGAAAAUGUUCCUGCAGGUAUGGUUUCUUCUCUCUGCUUAGCCCCCUUCUGAAAAAUUAAGAGGAACUGUGUUACCACAGUGCAUGGAUUCAGACAUUUUCAUUUUCUUUCCAGCCUUACUACCUCAGGACAUCAGGAUGCUUUUUCCAAGUGCUCAGAGUGGGAAGCCUUUGGUGAAAAAGAUGAAGUAAUGACAAUGCAACAAAGUAUAGAAAUAGCCAGGCUUAAACUUUGUAGCAGUUUAUUGGAUGGACAUCAGUCAGAAUACCCUGACAGAGGAUGGGAAAGUGCAAAUGCUGAAGAUACAAUACUGAGGAAAAAAAUCUAAAUACCAAGUCUCUCUUUGUAUAUAGAAGUAUUGAAGAAGGAAUUUCUCCUGUGACAGAAAGACUUGAAGAAUAGGGAUGUAGUCUGAGAUCAGCAGAUCAUGUCUUGGCAAACUGCUGCUGUCAUGUAAGAUCUGCACUGAAAGAGGAAGAGAUUUGCAGUCAGCAUAAGUGCAAUCAACAUAAGGUGAAAUUAUUCAGGUUUCUCCAGACCUUUAUAAGGAUAGAUUGUUUUCUGCAAGCUGUGCCUCAAGUGUAAAACUCCAGAUUUCAUGAAACCUGUGCUGCAAUGACAGUGGAUGUUCCUUAAAGCUUUUGUGAGAACAUUCCUGCUGUGCCUGCACUGGCAGGUGACACAUAAUAUAAUGUGCAUUAGAUUUCAAAGGCUGCUUCAGGUGAAGGAUCCUGCCAUUCCCUCUGGAGGUCUUGUUCCUCAGAGUGUGCUGAUGCUUCACCAGAGAAUUGGUCCAGUGUCAAGUCAGACUGAAAAAAGAACCCCUCCAACCAAGGAACCUCCUCUGCUCCCCUGGACCAGCACUGGACAUCCAGCCUGAAGAACUGCUUCAAAAGAAUGUAGAUCAUUUCAGCCUUCUCCAGCCACUAAAGACAAGCCGUUCAAAACUUUUGGAUUGGGUGAUCACUCAUUUGGCAUAUUUAUUGUUCUCUGAGAUGUAUUAAAUUGGCAUUUGCCUAAAUCAGGUGAGAGAAGAGAAGGGAAAGGUAGAUGGUUUAUCAAAAUCAGAUCCGUUUCUUGCAGGGGCUGAGUGACUGUUAGAACAGCAGCACAGCUGAAAUACCUGGAUUUUGCUUUUAUGUGUGUUGCAGCCUGACCCAAAGAGCCAGUCUACAGUUAAAAAGUAGGAGAGGAUGCAUUCAGUGCCUGUUGUUCACACAACUAUUGGGGAUAAAUAGCAGUAUUUGCAGGUGUGGAGCUGCUCUUGUCCAGGCUAAGGGUUGUGAUGGUGUUGGGAUAGACUCUCCUUUUUCUAUUCUGCUAGCACUGUGUGCAGAAGUUUGAAGUGAGAGCUGUGGCUACAGUGCUUAGGACUAAAGCCACGUGCCAGUUACAAGAGUCGCACAGUCCUUGUGUAGCGUGUACUGGGACACCAGUGGCUGCUGGAGCUGGGGGUUGUUUCUCUGCAGGAGUUUGGGUUUGCUUUCCCUUGCUAUGGGGCUGGCAGUACCCAGGGCCUAGAGCCCAUUGUGCUACUGAUUUGGAAGUAAGCUGCUUCCUCAGAAACUACUCACGCUCCCAAAAUGUGAUUUCCAGGCAUGCUUAGGCAUUUUUCCCAACACAAGGGUGUAUCAGUCACACACCACAGAGCACGUGUGUGUACAAGGGACACAUCUGUACAGCACUUUUCUAAGAGGUAAUAUUUAGAACCUUGUUGUUCCAGUGUGCAUGUUUCCUUGUGAUUUAUGAUGAUUGUAAAUAAGGGAAUGUGUUACAUUUUUGGCAGUUUGCCUUUAUGCAGAAGAAUUAAAGACUUGAAC